ACAGUGUGGCAACGAAAGCGAGGGAGUGCUGUUCAGACUUGGACAAGAGGUUUAAAAUAUCAUCAUCUAGUGGUAAGAGUGUAGCUACUGCGGUAGGGGUGGUUGUGAAUGUUUCAAAGUUGAGGUAUGUCCUUUUUUUAAUUGAUGAUAGAUUAAUAAAUGUUUUAUUCUAUUCUUUAAUUUAUUAUGCACUUUCAGUACAAUUUUAUUUGAGCUUUCUUCUGAUUAUUUUGACCAUUCUCUUACAGGACUUUGAUUUAUUUCUAAUUUUAUAAAUUUAAUAUACUUUGCUGCAAAUUUUCAGCUUAGUUUUAGAAUAUUCCUUAAAUUAAUUUUCUGGUUUUUUUUUUUUAGCUUUCUUGUCAUCAUCUUUAUCACCUAGAGAACAUUAAUUAAUAACUAAUUUGUAUAUCUAUUUUAUAUACUUUACAAAUUUUUCUACAAAUUUCUAAUUCCAUUUACCCUUCUCUUUUCAGGUACAGUUUUCAUGGGGAGCCAGCUUCAUUCAAGGCUCAUCUUAGAGAGAAUGAUGUAGCUGCUGGAACAUUUGUCCGCUAUGUUGGAAAUCGGCUUCAUCUGUUGUUUCGCAUGGCUGGCGUUGUAAUUCAGUACAAGAACUUGCUAACAGAUUAUCUUGUUGGAAAAACAACCAAAGUCUGCACUCAACUGCUUGCCGAUCUUAAGAAGCCUGAGGUUCUUGUACAGCUGCAAGCACUAGGGCUGAUAGGGAAAUUGAUCUCUGGCCCUUGGAUGAAGUUGAUUUACAAGAAUGCAAUGCGGCGGUCAAAUCUGGCUUUUGUAUCAGAGUUCCAGUAUGCUAUGAAAGAAAUUGAGAGGUUAAAGAAUAAUCCUGAAGGUGUACUGACAACUAACUUUGAUGUGUUUGGACAACAUCUGGAGGUGGACAGAACUUUGGAAGCUCUUCGGCAGGAGCAGAACAGCACUCUGUUUAAUGAAGUCAUGAAAGCAUUGUUGGCUUCUACUGAGUCUGUCUUGGUGCGACAGCUGGAGAGGUAUCUGGUUGGAGAUCUUUCCAACCCCACAAGUGAGAUGUUGGAUGCCACCAGUUCUGCACCACCUCACAAUAUCUUUUCAGAAAGGUGUCUCGGCAUUGCAGACUACCUUAUCAGGCGUUCCCCAAAUGUGUCAGUUGGUUUCAUGGACUCUAAGUUAAAGGCAAGUGUGAAUGGCACACUUGAGUGGCUGGAUCAAAAGUCUGUUCCAGAGCAGAUGAAACUGGUUACCUUCGCGGUGCAUAGGGGAGCCCAGAUAAGGAAAGCCUGCAUUCUGUUGCAGCAGCAAAUAGAUAGGGACAUUUUGUCACGCAUGAAGGACUUGAAGGAAAAGCAAGAAAAGCUUGAAAGGAAAAAGUUUCAGACUGCUGUCCGCAAGGCUAUGUGUGACAAAAAUGUUUCUGUUGAUGAGCCUAUUUUUGCUGCUGUUGAUAGAAAGCAGAGACCAUUUCUGUCUAGAAUUUUGGCUGGUGAGGAUCUGGUUGGUGUUCAGCUGACUCAUAAGUGGGAGCUGGAUGAUCAGGGUGUGUCACAAUAUAGCGGAAGGAUUAUUGAAAGGGUACCGGCAACAAAAAAGAAGUCAGCUGUCUACACCAUCAGUUACUGGUCGGAGGAUGAGGAUGAUGCUGAGGAUUUUAGCCAUCUGGCAGAAUCACUGGUGGUUGACUUGCUUCACAGGAAUCUUGAGUUUCUUUCUGAUUAACAGCUAUUCAAAUUUCAGAGUAUUUUUUACAUUUUUAGUAUACAAAUUAACUUUCUUUUUUAAUCAUUUGAGUGUUUUUAUAAAUUGUUACUGAAAAUGCAUGCUGUGAAUAGUGUAAACUAAGUUUGAAACAUAAUACUAACAAUGUUUUUAAUUUUAAAGUGUUGUUUAUAUAAUGUAAAAAAAUGUACAAUUUAAUUACUUAACUUGUUUUUCAGGGUAAUUGAAAUCUGCUAGAUAAUCCUAGAAUCAGAAGUUAAGGUGCUUCAAAAUGUUCGUCAAAACUAAUUUUAACUAUUUUCUUUUACAGUUUGAUCACUCAAGUACAGACAAUUUUAAAAAAUGUAUUUCUUUUCCUUAGAUGUUCUAAUAGUUUCUAUAGAAUAAAAAUAAUUGAUACUUUAGAAAAUUGUUUUAUCACUAAAGUUGUCAAAAAUUUUAAUAUGGCAUUUAAAUUCUUUUCCAGCAUACACUGAAGUCAUGGAAUAUAUUUAAUAGUAAAUUUACUUAAAGCCAAUAUUUUAAUGUUUAAUACUUGAUAAUUAAAACUAUUUUUUUCUUCAGGUAGAUCAAGUGGUGAGGAGCUGCUGAUGUCGUCUGAUGUCAAUGUUGCCUGAUGUCGAGUACUGUGGAUUUGUUACUUCACACUAGUGUUGAUGUGGAUUUGUUUUCUUCACACUAAUGUUAAUUGUGGAUUUGUUUCUUCACGCUAAUGUUAAUUGUGGAUUUGUUUCUUCACUAAUGUUAAUUGUGGAUUUGUUUCUUCACACUAAUGUUGU